GUCCAAGUCAAUUCCUCUGCUUUCUUUUCCACUUCCACCACCUUAGUACCUCUUCCGCCGUCGCCGUAGAUGACACUACCCCAGGUGGAUUAAUUUACUGCUUUAUCAAGUGCUAUAAGGGAAGGACUUGAUGGGUGCAGUUUCUUCAAAAGGAAUUGAAUCAGAAACAGUAUAUUUGUCAGGUGAGCUGGAGAUGAGUCCUAGCACAAACUUACCAUUGGCAACAUCAAAUUCUAGUAAAGAGGCUGCAUUCCCUGUGACCUCUGAGAAGAUAAUGAUUGACAUGCUGCAUACAAAAAGCCAUCCUCAUGUCAAGCAAGAGAAUGACUCCUGUAUAGUGCCAAGUCAGUUAUCGCAGACACAAAGUUCCGAUACGAUAAGCUAUACAUCAUUUUCUGAUAAGGCCUCCCCAGUAACCAAACAAAAACGGCGUGAGGUCCAUCAGAGACAAACCUCUGGCGUCACACGUGAUAUUCCAGAACCCCAAAUAGAGAGGAUUCAGCUGGGUAAGAGUGAAAAUGGGAAGGAUUCAGUCUCUCAAUUUAUUGGAGUUUUCUCUAGAUUUCCAAAGGAUGAACCUGCUGAUUUGCACUUGAGUCAGAAACCUCGUAUUGGAAUAAAAACAUCUUCAAUAUGUGAUGGAGAAAGAACUACUGAAAAGAGGGAGAUGGUAUCUGGUAACUCACUCUCCAUACAAAGUGUCAACGAGGAGCCUGCAUCGCAGUCCAACAAGCAGAUGCUGACUCAGUCCUCUCAACCUGUAAAAGUUUUGGAGAAAUUGCAGCCCAGGAGGAACCCAGACGCUGGGGGUUGUAGUUCUCCACAUGAUCAAUUAGCUUGCAGUUCGGGUCACUCUGGAAAACUUUCUGCUGUACCAAAAGAAGAACAUCAAACUGACAAUUCGCAGCCUAGACAGAGCAUACAUGAUAGAAAUCAUGCAUUACUGAGCAAGGAAAAAACAGGUACUAAUACAGAAGUCGAGUCAGUUCAAGGGUCAAGUUUGAGCAUGGGAGUGCCUGUACCUGAACCUGGUCAAGAGAGCUAUGCAUAUCCUAUGAAGUUUGAGAAAAUGGAGAAAUUGCAGCCGAGGAGAAACCUUGACUCUGUAGUUCAGGGAUCACAUGCUGAUGUUGAAAGCACUCCCUCUAAAGCACAAGACAAAGGAUUAGAUGAUGGCUACAACUGGAGGAAGUAUGGACAGAAGCUUGUAAAAGGAAACAAAUUUGUUCGAAGCUAUUACAAAUGUACUUACCUCAAUUGCCAGGCUAAAAAACAAGUAGAGAAAUCACAUGAUGGGUGUACAUUAGACAUCAAUUAUCUUGGGAACCAUCAUCAUCAGAAACCACAGCAGAGUCUCCAGCUGACUACUACUCUUCAAGUAAAAACGCCUGAGAUGCCCAUUACGUUUACAUCAAAAGCCAAUGUUGAGUCGAUCAUCAAGCAUGUCAGUUCAGAUCAACAUAUGCCAGAACCCUCACCUCAAUCAGCUGUUGUUAGAAGUGCUGAUGGUUUGUCAGGAGCAGUUUCCUGUUCACAUAAGGAUACUAAGGAUCUAGAUGAUUGCCCUGAUCCCAAACGGCUGAAAAGAGGCACAAGUUCUGCAGAUGAUGAUGUGGUGAUUAGAUCUAGUUCUGAUUCAAAACAUGUUGUUCAAACUUUGAGUGAGGUUGAUUUGGUUAAUGAUGGAUAUCGGUGGCGUAAAUAUGGGCAGAAGUUUGUAAAAGGCAAUCCAAACCCAAGGAGUUACUACAGGUGUUCAAACUCUGGUUGCCCAGUAAAGAAACACGUCGAAAGAGCUUCACAUGAUGAAAAGUUAGUCAUUACAACGUAUGAAGGAAAACACGUCCAUGACAUUCCCACUUCCAGGACUGUUAGCCAAGGCCUAGCCAGAGGUGGUGAUGCUAGUAUGAUGAGCCCAAAUAGUGAGUCUAGUUCCAAACCCGAAGACAAGAACCCUGUUUCGCUCGAAAUGGUUGUUCGUGUCAGUGCAAACUGAGGAAGCAAUCGUGACUGCAGGCUUUGGCAUCCUCUCCUCGACUCUAAAGGUGCUUGUUACUUCAGUCAAAAUUGCUAUCAACGUGAUUAAAUUCAGCAACUUAUUUUGCUUUAUCAUUGUAGACAGACUUUUCUAAUUCGAAGAGCUAUCAUUGUAACAGUCCAGUAGCUUAACUUGUUCAUUGGUUGGCCCCAGGCUGUGGAAGAAUAUGUAUUAGUUGUAUAAAAUUGCUAAUGUAAGUUACAAAUUGUAGUUUAGAUCACCCAUUGUACAUAUUCUUUGCCAUAGAUGGCAUGCUGCUGCUGUUAUUCUGAAAGCUUGCAGAGUCAGAGCAUUGAUCGUCUAAAAAGAACCAGAUUUCUUGUAAUAGUAAUGUAUUACAGUUAUUAUGCUUCAAGUAAAAAAGGUAAAGCUUAGCUCCUCA